UGGGCGUGGGUGUGGGCGUGGGUUCUCCCUGGGCGGGCUGGGCUGGGCUCCCCUGCUGGGGUUGGAAGGUUUUGGCUGGGAUUGACUUUUUUUCUUCAAACAGGUUGGAAACCUGGAGUUUCCUGCUCGUUGGCAAAGCUUGUUGGUAGAGGCGAUCUGCUCGCUACUACUGGCCUCCCCGGCUGUAAAAAGCAGAUGGUGGCUGAGGUUUGUUCAAAGCCGGCUGCCUCCGCUAUGAAGAAGCCCUUUGGUCUCAGGAGCAAGAUGGGCAAAUGGUGCUUCCCCUGCUUCCCCUGCUGCAGGGGGAGCGGCAAGAGCAACGUGGGCACUUGGAAAGACUACGGCGACAGUGCCUUCAAGGAGCCAAGGUACCAGGUCGGUCGAGAAGACCUGGGCAAGCUCCACAGAGCCGCCUGGUGGGGUAAAGUCCCCAGAGCCAAUCUCAUCGUCAUGCUCAGGAGCACUGAUGUGAACAAGAGGGACAAGCAAAAGAGAACUGCUCUCCAUUUGGCAUCUGCCAGUGGGAAUUCAGAAGUAGUCAAACUCCUGCUGGACAGAAGAUGUAAGCUUAAUGCCUUUGACAGCAAAAAGAGGACAGCUCUAAUAAAGGCCGUACAGUGCCAAGAAGAUGAAUGUGUGUUAAUGUUGCUAGAACAUGGCACUGAUCCAAACCUUCCGGAUGUGUAUGGCAAUACCGCACUACACUACGCGGUCUACAACGAAGACAAAUUACUGGCCAAAGCACUGCUUUUAUACGGUGCUGAUACUGAAGCAAAAAACAAGUGUGGCCUCACGCCACUUUUGCUUGGCGUACAUGGACAAAAACAGCAAAUGGUGAAAUUUUUAAUCAAGAAAAAAGCUAAUUUAAAUGCCCUUGAUAAAUAUGGAAGAACUGCUCUCAUACUUGCUGUAUGUUGUGGAUCAGCAAGUAUAGUUAGCCUUCUACUUGAGCAAGAUAUUGAUGUAUUUUCUCAAGAUACAUCUGGGAAAACUGCCACUGAUUAUGCUGUUUCUAGUCAUCAUGACAUAAUUUGCCAAUUACUUUCUGACUACAAAGAAAAACAGAUGUCAAAAAACUCUUCUGAAAACAGCCAUCCAGAACAAGACUUAAAGCUGACCUCAGAAAAAGAGCCACAACGGCUUACAAGAAUUGAAACUAGCCAUCCAGAGAAAAUGUCUCAAGAACCAGAAAUAAAUAGGGAUUGUGAUAGAGAGGUUGAAGAAGAAAUGAAGAAACAUGGAAGUAAUAAUGUGGGAUUACCAGAAAACCUGACUAAUGGUGCCGUUGCUGGCAAUGGUGAUGAUGGUGGAUUAAUUCCACGAAGAUCGAGGAGAAAACCUGAAAAUCAGCAAUUUCCUAGCACACAGAAUGAAGAGUAUCACAGUGAUGAACAAAAUGAUACCCAGAGGCAACUUUCCGAAGAACAGAAUGCUAGAAUAUUACAAGAUGAGAUUCCAAUAAACAAAAGCAGAUAGAAGUGGCUGAAAAGAUAAAUUCUGAGAUUUCUCUUAGCCAUAAGAAAGAAAAAGAUCUCUUGCAUGAAAAUCACAUGUUGCAGGAAGAAAUUGCCAUGCCAAAACUGGAACUAGACACAAUAAAACAUCAGAACCAGCUAAGGGAAAAUAAAGUUUUGGAGGACAUUGAAAGUGUGAAAGGAAAGAAUGAUAUUCUAAAGGCUAUAAAAUUGGAUAAGGAAGAAUGAACAAAAACAGUAUUUAAGUACAGUUGACAGCUUA